AUGGCCGACGCUCGCCUGCUGGAGGAGCUCGAAAAGUUCGCUACGCGGCCGGAUAUCCUAAUCAUGGGCGACUUUAACGCGCCUCAUAUUGACUGGAGUUCGACCCAUGCAAAUAGCUCAGAACAGACCUUCGAUAGGAGUUUUCUGAACACGGCACUGAAGCUAUUUCUCACUCAACACGUCAUGUUACCAACUAGAGUACGCGAAGGUCAACAAGCCAACUGCCUUGAUCUUGUCCUUACGAAGUCACAGGACAGCAUUGAUGAGGUGUCAUGCCUACCCCCCUUAGGUAAAAGUGACCACGUCGUUCUUCUAUGGGAUAACUCGUUUUUUUCCAUGCCCAAGACACCCGUGACAGUUAGAAGAAACCUUUUGCGUGGGGAUUUCGACCAAAUGAGGGCUGAAAUUUCACGCAUUGAGUGGGAGUCCAUAUUUGUUGGGACCAUACUCGAAGACUGGCAACGGUUCCGAGAAAUUCUGCACGAACUGAUCGUAAACCACUGUCCGCUUUCACGGAAGAGGUUAAUUAACAGACCUCGAUGGCUUACGCAAGCCUUGAAGAAUGAAGUGAAUAAAAAACGACGGCUGUGAAAAAAAUCGCUUUCUGACAGGAGCCCCACAUCUAUAUGCGCGUACAAAAUUCAAAGAAAUCGAGUCAAGGGCCUUAUCCUCAAAACUAGAAGGGAAUUCGAACGGGAUCUGCUUAACCGUGCCGCGGAGAACCCUAAAUUAUUCUACGGUUACAUUAGGCAGUGCACGCGGAACAAGGACCCAAUACCUCUGCUAAGGACUGCUGAAGGCGAACAUCUCACUGACGACAGGGAGAAAGCUGAUCACCUUUCAGAAUUUUUUCGGUCUGUUUUAGUAGCGAAACAGUAUUCAACCCUUCGGACCCUCAAUCCUUCGAAGACACCCCAAUUAUAGAGACCGUCCAGUUCACUGAGAGUAUGGUUCUGACGGAGUUGCUGUGGCUAAAGGAAUCCAAAUCACCAGGUCCCGAUGAGAUUCCGGCGAAGAUUUUGAAGGAACUCGCCGGUGAGUUGUCUAAGCCACUCUCCAUGCUUUUCCAUACAUCCUUCGAGACCGGAUAUCUGCCACCCGACUGGAAGUCGGCGUGGAUUACGCCGCUGUACAAGGGCGAAGUCGGGUCUCUGCGAACAAUUACAGACCUGUCAGCCUCACCUCCAUUUGCUGUAAGAUUAUGAAGAAGAUAAUAAAGCAACAAUUAAUGCAGUUCCUUGAACAAAACCAUCUUUUUUCCGAUUCCCAGCAUGGAUUCCGCAAAGGCAGAUCCUGUGUGACAAACCUGCUCUACUGUCUGGAACACUGGACUAGGGCUGUUGAUAGAAGACAUAUGGUGCAUGUAAUCUAUAUCGACUUAAAAAAGGCCUUCGAUAGUGUGCCUCACCACCGCCUUCUAUACAAACUUAGCCGUGAAGGAGUGCGAGGUAAGCUUCUGAUGUGGAUUCGAAGAUUUUCAAUCGGCCGCUCUCAAGUCGUCUACGUCGGUGUCCAACAAUCUGCCGAGGUUGCCCUUAAGAGUGGUGUUCCCCAAGGCCCUGUUCUUGGCCCUACACAGUUCCUCGUAUACGUCAAUGACUGCGCAAACGAACUGAAUUGCGAUGUCGCAAUGUUUGCCGAUGACAUAAAGAUCUGGAGUACCACACGAAGCGAAGAUGACGAGGCGCGACUGCAGACAAAUCUGGACCACCUCGAGCAAUGGUCGAAAGACUGGCUUCUACCGUUCAACGUAAACAAGUGUAAUUUCCUACGCGUCGGCAGAACCAGUUCUCCUAACCACACGGUCUACCGUCUGACUGGCAAACCACUGCAAGAAGUCGACGCCCAGAAGGACUUGGGUGUAUGGAUCACAACCUCGCUUAAGCCUUCCCUGCAAUGUUCAAAGGUGGCCAAGUCGGCGAUGUCCAUUCUAUACCUUGUCAAACGGGCGUUCUCCUCCUUUGAUGAAGACUGCUUCACCAAGGUCUUUCAAACUAUUGUGCGACCGCAUCUGGAGUUUGCUAUUCAAGCAUGGCGACCCUGGACCGCUAAAGACUUCGGCAUACUCGAAAAAGUUCAACGGCGAGCAACGAAACUUUUAUCUGGGCAUUGGUCACUACCCUACGAAACACGAUUAGCUAAUCUUGACCUCUUUCCUUUGAGUUACAGACAGCUACGUGGGGACCUGAUACAAGCUUUCCGCAUCGUGCGCAAUCAGGGAUGCUGCCUCGCAUCUGGAGACUUCUUCGAGUUGGCGACUACGAUUAACCUGAGAGGCCAUCCACUCAAACUGCGUGUGGCUGGUGCCCGGCAAGACCCGAAAGUUCUUAUACUCCAACAGAGUGGUUGUAGCUUGGAAUGCCUUGCCUGA